UGGAACUGAGACAGUUGAACAUUCAGCAUUCUGACCAAAGAGCCAACGGAAAUAAAGGACAGACAUGAAUUAGUUUGAGAAUUAUUCACAAUAUCCUUUAUUGGACACCAAGAAGACCUCGCAGUCAUGUCGGACAGUACAGGGGGCUGACCGGGAAAUUGGACACCAAUCAGUUAUUCAGGAGCUGAGAGAAAUGACCUCCUUCAAAGGGAACUUUGUCAGGAUUACUUUUAUAACAUUAAGUUACUUGUCCUGUACUUCUGCCUCAUAUAACCCUCACAGAACAGAACCAGGAACACUAAAGAAGCUUCAGUAUCUCCUUGAGCCACCUGUGCAGGUCGAGGUGACUGGCCGAAGGGGAGAUAAUGUCACCUUACCUUGCAUCCUCAGAGUCCAACCUAACCACUACAAGAUUAAAUGGACAAAGCUGGAGUCUGAGAACAACGGGCGUCAAAAUAUCAUAAUGAUAUCGAAUGCAAAUGCUUUUAAGCCGUACGGCCCGGUGGGACAGCGGGCUUCUCUCCAGAGGGCUCACACCAUGGACGCCUCCCUGAUGCUUAGGCAUCUUGAGCUGGGGGAUGAUGGCAGGUAUCGGUGUGAGCUGAUAAAUGGCAUCGAAGAUGAGAACAUUGUCAUUACUCUGAGGAUUGAAGGUGUGGUUUUCCCAUAUCAAAGUAAGCAUGGACGUUACAAAUUCAACUUCCAUGAAGCCAUGCAGGCUUGUGCUGAGCAAGAUGGUAAAUUAGCCACCUACAAUCAGCUUUACAAAGCCUGGACUGAAGGGUUGGACUGGUGCAAUGCAGGUUGGAUUCAUGAUGGAACAGUUCAUUAUCCAAUCGUUCAUCCACGACCGGUCUGUGGAGGAAAGUUGCCAGCUGGCAUUCGCAGUUAUGGGCCGAAAAAUAAGGACAAUGAUCGGUUCGAUGCUUUCUGCUUUACAUCCCAGAUAUCAGGCUCCGUCUACUACAUAUCAGGAUCCUUCUCCUAUGACCAGGCAGUGCUGGCCUGCAAGCGUCAGAGUUCAGAGUUGGCUUUGGUCGGCCAGCUUUAUGCUGCCUGGCGUUUCCAAAAAUAUGACCAAUGUAAUGGCGGCUGGCUGAGAGACGGCAGCGUACGAUUUCCCAUCAUCAACCCCAGGAAACACUGUGGAGGCAUCCCAGAGGCAGGGGUCCGCUCCUUUGGAUUCCCAAGCAAAACAACUCACCUCUAUGGAGCAUUUUGCUAUAGAUAACCCAUGUUACAAAGCAAAAGAAAUCAGUUUUUAUAGGACCUUGGCAUCCAAGAUUGAAAAUGGUUAAUAAAGAUAUUAGAAGCUGCUGAAAUCUAUGGUGUAACAAGAAGUAAAGCAAAAUAAGAAGGACAUAAAACAUUUAACAGUACAUAUGAACAAUCAACUUAGCCUCUAACAGCUACUUUACUGUUGCGGAAACCUUCCAGAGUUUCAAUGUAAAAUGUGUUUCUAUCCUGCUUCCUGUGAGUGUAAUAAAGGGGGAUUAAACUUACUUCAAAGACCAAUAGAAACCAGAAUUAUUCAAUUUAAAAUCAGUUCUACAGUAAUUGAGUCCUCUAACUAUUGUUGUGUUUUCCCCUAAGUUGUUUUUAAUUUACUUUCAUAUUUGAGUUUUUUUUAUUAUAACCCCAUAGCAAAAAUAUUUGUCAAAUUCAUACUCGCCUUGAUUAAAAAUGAGCCUACUCUUAAAAGUCAAGAAUGUAACAUACUAAAAGAAAAUGAUGAUAGUUUUAUCAAUGUCACCAGUUGUAAUUUAUUGUCUCUAAAACUGUAUAUCAUUUGCUUAUAAUUCAGAUUUUCUUGUUUUAUGCUGUAAUGAUCUCAAGGUGUAUCAACAGAUUUUAUGUAAUAAUCAUAAAGGGAAAAGUUUGAGUGUCAAGCAAACACAUUCUGUACUUAAGUUAGUUAAUUGUUGUCUUUUUCCUUUGACAUAGUAAUAAAGUGUGAAAUGCAGAAUCAGUCUGUAAGCUUGAGAAAUCUACAGAAAGUCAGGAAUGGGGUAAAAUCACUGUAAGUGAAAACAUAAAUGUCUGAAUUGAUAAAUGUAGGUCAAUAAACACGAAUAGAUGUAAGAUUUGUAUUUGUUAUUUGUCGUCAAAUCAUUCAUAUGGCGCAUCGGAUUUUGUAUCUGCGCCAAUAAAAGUUACAA